GCCAAGCAAUGGGCAAGGGAAACGGUGGUAGUGAAGAGCCAAAGUCGCAAGAAAUUUGGGAUUUUGCAAGGGCAUUAUGGACUUUUCUCAGGCCUCACACAUUCUAUGGAACUCUAGUGGCUUCAUGUUCGUUGGCGGGCAGAGUGUGGAUUGAAAAUCCAAAGCUAAUGAAGUGGUCGAUUCUAACAAGAGCACUUUGCGGCCUAAUAGAGCUGUUGUGUGGCAAUAGCUAUAUCGUGGGUAUCAAUCAGAUUUAUGACGUCGAAAUUGACAAAGUAAACAAGCCAUUUUUGCCCAUAGCGGCGGGGAGGAUCACGAGCAAACAAGCAUGGGUUCUAACGACGUCGUUUUUGGCUAUUGGGCUGUGUUCGGCAACGUUUAAUUCAGGCCCAUUCCUUAGUUCUCUCUAUUGUUUCGCUCUAUUGCUUGGGACUCUCUACACCGUUCCUCCUUUUAGAUUGAAGAGAUUCCCCAUUGCUGCUUUCCUCUGCAUUGCUUUGGUAAGAGGCUUUCUUGUGAACUUUGGUGUAUAUUAUGCAUCGAGAUCGGUUCUUGGACUUCCAUUCCAAUGGAGUCCACCGGUGGCGUUCAUCACCACAUUUGUUACCUUCUUUGGUUUGGUCAUCGCUCUUACAAAAGAUCUAUCUGAUAUAGAAGGCGAUCGCAAAUAUAAGAUCAUAACUUUUGCCACAAAGCUUGGAGUCAGAAGGUUGGCGUUUUUUAGUUCCGGGAUUCUUCUUCUCAACUACGUUGCUGCCAUUUUGGCUGCAAUUUAUAUGCCUCAGGCAUUUCGGCGAACCAUAUUGAUACCGACACACACCAUUAUGGCAAUAUCUCUUAUUUUUCAGACAAUAGCAUUAGAUCAAGCAAAAUACACCAAGGAAGCAGCUUCAAGUUUCUACAUGUUCUUGUGGAAGCUGUUCUAUGCUGAAUAUUUAGUCUUUCCGUUCAUAUAAAAACGCUCUCGAUUUAAUCGAGAGCAAUUGUGCUCUUUUCCGACUUGCUGAUUAAUAGUUCGUAU